AUGCCCUCCUAUCUAGUGACAGGCGCCAACCGUGGCCUGGGUUAUGGCUUUGUGCAGCAUCUGGCCAAGGACCCAGCAAACACAGUCGUCGGCAUUGUGCGGGACAAAGCCGCUGCCGACAAGACUGUGGCUGCUGAUGGAUUCAAGAAUGUCACCAUGGUCGAGGCAGCCAUCGUGGACUACAAAUCGCUCCUAAAAGCAAGAGACGAGGUCGCCAAGAUCACUGGCGGCUCGCUCGACUACCUGAUCAACAACGCCGCCUUUAUCGACCGCAAAACCAUGGGCAAGGCCCUGGAUGAGUUCGACAACGAGGCCGAGAUGUUGGAGGACGCGCUCGUCGAGUCCUUCAAGGUCAACGCGGUGGGCGUCAUCCACACCAUCAACGUAUUCCUGCCCCUGGUGAAGAAAGGCUCGGCCAAGAAGGUGGUGCUCAUCUCGACCGGCAUGGCUGACCCGGCGCUCAUCAAUUCCGGCAUCGCGGCCGACGCGCCCUACGCGAUUAGCAAAGCUGCGGCGAACACGGCCAUUUACAAGUACAAUGCGAAAUACAAGAAGGAAGGGAUCCUGUUCUUCGCCUUGUCUCCGGGCGUGGUUGCCACUUGGAAAGAGGGAGAAGAACCAGAGGUGAUCGACAGCCUGAGGAAGGGCGUUCCUGGCUGGGGAGGGCCCUUGACGCCUGACGAGUCGGCCACAGCCUGUAUGAAGGUGAUUCACUCUUUCAAUGCAGAAGAGCAUGGCGGCUCGUUUGUUUCUCACCACGGGAACCAACAGUGGCUAUGA